GUUGGCAGUUGUAAUAUAACUUUCCGCCUAGAGACAUUCGCGCUUCGAUUGGUAGCUCUAGUUCUUUCCGGUCAACUUUCAGAACCGUCAACAUGGGUAAGCCCCGUGGUCUCAAAACCGCCAGGAAACAUGUGAACCAUCGUAGGGAUCAGCGUUGGGCUGAUAAGGACUACAAAAAAGCCCAUUUGGGCACCAGAUGGAAGGCCAAUCCCUUCGGAGGUGCAUCUCACGCCAAGGGAAUUGUCCUCGAAAAAGUAGGAGUAGAAGCCAAACAACCUAACUCUGCCAUUCGCAAAUGCGUCAGGGUGCAACUGAUCAAAAACGGGAAAAAAAUCACGGCUUUCGUUCCUCGCGAUGGUUGCUUAAAUCAUAUUGAAGAGAACGAUGAAGUCUUAGUAGCAGGUUUUGGUCGUAAAGGUCAUGCUGUUGGUGAUAUUCCCGGAGUUAGAUUUAAGGUUGUUAAGGUAGCCAAUGUAUCUCUCCUAGCCUUGUAUAAAGAAAAGAAAGAAAGACCAAGAUCAUAAGUUAUAUUUUGUUUUACAUUUCGACUUAAACUUGUAAUAAAGCUGGUUUU